AAGAGUCACCUAUAAUUGAUGCUCUAGCUAUACAAAAGAUCACAAUUCACAAAGAUGAACAUUUCCCCACAGUUUAGUGUUGCAAUCACACAGCCCUUGCUGCAUUGACCCAAACUCUCUCUGUCUCUCGCGCGCGCAUACACCCACAGUGAUGAAGCCAUUAGGUUGGUGGUUAAUGUUGGUGGGUUCGUUACGGUUAGCAUCAGUUUGGUUCGGCUUCUUCAAUAUAUGGGCUCUUCGUCUUGCUGUUUUCUCAAAAACUGACAUGUCUGAAGUUCAUGGGAGGACCUUUGGAGUUUGGACUCUUUUGACUUGCACGCUCUGUUUCCUUUGUGCUUUUAAUCUUGACAACAAGCAACUCUACCUGGCAACAUUUUUAUCAUUUAUCUAUGCACUUGGUCACUUUAUGACUGAAUACCUGAUAUAUCACACAAUGACGAUAGCAAAUUUGUCAACUGUUGGCUUCUUUGCAGGUACAUCUAUAACAUGGAUGGCUUUGCAGUGGAAUGCUCACCAAGACACGCCCUUGAAGCAAAUGUAAUCUGAUAUGAGAUUCCAGUUUAAUGUUCCUAGUGCUGGGUAUUUUUCAUUUUUGGUUCAUCUAAUUUCUUGAUUUGUUCUGGAAUAUUGGUUUAUGUCAUUUUAUGCCAAAACUUCCAACUAAUCCUUCA